AUGGGUUAUUAUCUUGCUGAUGGUAUUUAUCCUGAGUGGGCUACAUUUGUGAAGACCAUCCCUAUACCACAAGGAGAAAAGAGAAAAUUAUUUGCUGAACGACAAGAAUCGGCAAGAAAAGAUGUAGAGCGAGCAUUUGGAGUAUUGCAAUCUCGAUUUGCAAUUGUGCGUGGACCGGCACGUGCUUGGAGUGUUGAUACAUUGAAGAAUAUCAUGUAUGCAUGCAUCAUACUACAUAACAUGAUAGUUGAAGAUGAAAGAUACACAUACAAUAUUAAUUUUGAUUAUGAUAAUGGUGGUAACGAAGUCUCAACUACCGAUAUAUCUAUUGGUCCUCAUCCUAUUUUUACUGCAACAUACUUACAAAGGAGGGCAAAUCUUCGUGAUAGACAGCAACACCGACAACUACAACACGACUUGGUGGAACAUAUUUGGGAACGAUUUGGACAUCAUAAUAACGAAAAUUAG